GUAGUGUAGUACAUCAUAACAUGUUAGACGUAGUUAUCACAUGAUCCACCAGGAGGGCAAAAAUAUCCGUAUGUAUAAGCGUGGCAAGGCAAGCCCAAGGUCGAUACUGGUUCUACUUCUACGCGACCACAGAACCAUUUCUGAUUUAUGUCGGUUUGUCUUUUCAACAUUCCCUUGAUACAAUCCUAACGUUGGGACAAGUUAAUAAUUUCUUGCUCUUACGUCUACCGAACCACGCAAAAAUGCAGAUGUGAGCACGAUUAUUCUGGUUCUGUAUCGCAUUUAUUUUUCAUCAAUGAACUCUUGAAGAUUUCAAGACGCAGGCCGUUUUUUUGCGCCGAGGACUAAAGUAAGCAGGGUAGAAGUACUUGGGAGGGGUAUCUAUUCGUGAACUGACCUCCACGCAGGUUGCUUUCUUUCUUUGUUUUUUGUUUUGUAGCGCAUUUUAUCUUGUCGUACAAACAUGCCGUACGCCUUGCAGCAAAAGUCCGAGCAGGAGAAGCUGGCGCUGCACCGGGUGGAGCAAGCCGUCAUCCAGAGUCAAAAAUGGGGCCGCGGCGCAAUGCCCCUCCCGAUGGAACAUGGUGCGCCAAUGCACAAGGGAAAAGUUGAUUACGAGUACUUGCAGUGCUGUCACAACGGGUCGAUCCCCGGCUACACGGGCUACAUGCCAACAAAAUACCCGCAGAGCCAGUAAAAUUUUCUUACUGUUACUGCUCCCAGUAAAACUUUCUUCACUGAUAGAGGAUGAGGAUGCAUCUGCAAAUGGAACAAAUGCAAAAGUGCAUUGAUACAAGCAAAAAUCCCUUAGGUAUGGACAGCCCGCGGCAGACGUGCACGCAAGGUCCGGCAAGUUGGUGCAGAGCAAGCCCUCCCGAAUAGAAAGCGAGCACCACAUAUCGAAGAAAAAAAGUUCGUCACGAUCACUCAUACGCAUUCUUGCAAUACAAAAUUGUUUGUCAUGCGUAAAAAUGCAUCACAGCCAAACUUCAUUAGGGAUUUCCCUAGUGUUUCUGCAAUACAAGGAAAGUUUGUGACGCUGAGAAAAUUUGUAAUGCAAAGCCUGCAGGUUAGUGUUGUGUUAGUGACUGUGACGGACUUUUUUCUCUCCAUACCACAAGCCAGUAGCCCAGAAAUCGAAGCCAGCGGACUACUUCAACGUGCCAGCCGAGUGGACAAAAACCUACACCCCAAAGGACGUGUUUAUGGAGUUCUCAAAUGUUACAUUCUCAACUGUUACAUGAUUUGUCAUGCAAAACUCUCAUCAGUAUCUACAUCAUCAAGCUGCUUCGCAUGACAAAUUUCCGAAAGGCUAAACAGCAUCUAAAUCUGUGCCAAACCUGUAAUGCAAAAAGCGAAAUCUUCCCCUUGCACUUUUGUUAUUCUUGCAUUACAAAUCCAUGUAACAGUUGAGAGUGUAACACUUAAGAACGCCAUAGUGUUUUCCACCGAAGAAAAACCCGCCAUGAAGAAAGUGAUGUCCAAUUACUCGGUGUCCUGCGUGCCCGGCUACAUGGGUUACUUCCCCGGGAAAAAGGCGGAGAACAUCAUUGGGGGCGGCAUCACGCACCUCGGCAAGGAGUGCAGCAAGAUCUUCUCCACGCGAGAAGAGAACGUGCGGAACCAUAUCCUAUGUCAAAACGUCCCCACCCCAUAGUCAAGAUGCGGAAUCGGCUAGACAAAUCCGCAAGUUUUGGCUGUUUCGCAUGACAAAUUUGGACUCGUAGUGUAGUGCUGUUUGAGGUACUUCAUCAGCAGCAUCACAGAUCUAGUAUAUCUUGCUGAUUGGACUUGGAGCAUGGCAAAUUCCAAAACACAACUCGAAAAUGCUUCUCAUGGGGCUCCGCAUGAGAAACAUUUUCAGCAUGCAGAUUUGCAUUACAACUCUGGGGUGGGAACGUUUUUAAAUACGAUAAACCAACCGGAGAAGGCGAAGCCGAGCCUGUACAAGGAGAUGGCGGAGUACUACCAACGGACAGCGGAUGAGCGGAUGGGAGAUGAUUUGUGGAAAAAUCCCAACUUUCUGCGCCGGCCCUACUGCCACCAGGGGUACAGAAACGACAGCAGAAUCUCGGUAUAUAGAGAAAUUCGCUUCGCUUCAUAAUUUGUUUUCCUGAAGUACUACGUAGGUUUUGGUGCAUAGCAUGCUGAGGGGACUAAAGCGCCGGCUCUUGAGUCCAGUAAGGAAUACAUGUACUUCUACGCUAUGCAUCCCGAGGAACAUCAACUAAACGAAAUUGUUCCCGUGUUGCAUCAGAUCUAGCAUCAGAAAUAAACAAGACCACAGGUCACGGGGAAGAGCUUCAGCACGAAGUACGGACACAAGACGGAGCUCUACCCUUUCGAAAGUCUCUACGUGGAAGAGCGGGAUCAUUAAGCCGGGCGGAGAAGGUCGUUGUAUUGCAAUUUUUGCUUCUCAGAGUUAGUGUUAAAUUCAAAUCCAAAUGUACAAUACUUUUGUUAAAAUCCACUUCAUCUAGUACCAGUUUGUUCAUCAAGUUAGUUUCAUCGCUAAGACUACACACUACAGCACGGCAGAUUCUAUCUACUCUGCCGAGUCUGAACCUUUUACUUUUUGACACGGAAAAAUCUGACAUAUACGGUUACACUUUUUUUUUGACGAUAUUCACGUUUCUUGGCAAUGUUCCUUCUACAUGGUAAAAGUCAUUUACCUACACAUCGACCCUGUAAAUUUUCAUUGUGCUUUCUGCUAGAAAUGAGUUUGAAGAUGGAGAUGGUGAUGGACUUGACUCUCUGCACUGAAAACCACUUGUACAAAAAUUUGCUUGGAGUUUUUGACAAAGAAAUCAAAAAAUCGAUAGAGGCAAGUAGAGAAGCUAGGACUCAU